GUUGAACCCGCCACUGCGACGAAGCUCAGUCUUAACCUUGUCCGGGAUUCAUUCUCCCCGCCGACAGUAGAUCGUGAGUCUACGCAUCAGAGCUCGAUAUGGCAGACAAACUGCGCUCACAGCAAGAGCUCGAACGGCUGCAGGCCAAGUAUAUCGGCACCGGCCACCCAGACACCACGAGCUGGGAGUGGAAGACCAAUAUCCAGCGCGACACAUACUCGAGCAUCGCCGGCCACCCGCCAUUGGUGGCCUACAUUUCGCUGGCCGAGAACGAGCCGGUGGCCAAGACUCGCGCGCAGAUGAUUCGGAAAAUGAUUCAACCUUGCGGACCACCUCCUGCAAGGGAAGGAGACGACAUCGGGGCGCAACAGGGUAGUUGAGAGCACGAUGCGAAUGCACAUGACUGAGACGAAACAAUGCUGCAAAGUUGCAUAUGACUGUCACCACAGACAACGCAGGUCUAUAAACAGAAACAAGGCUACAUGUGCCUCUUUCAGAUCUCACUGGAUUAGAUUGAUCUAUACGGCUUCGAGAGUAAGCCCAAGGUUGGAAGAAGAAACGAGAAGAUGGAAUGCCAAUUAUAAGCUACCGGAGCUAGGUGUCGCUGUCCCAUUGGUCUAGCCGUCUAAUGAAAUGGGUAUCACAAAGAGGCUCGGGGCCUUUCUAAGCUAGAGUUUGUCGUUCAAUCCUCCUCCUCUGCGUCAUCUUCAUUCUCAUCUGCAUCUGCGUCCGCAUCCACAUCUUCGCCUUGGUCUGUUUCUAUUAUACCAUUGACAGGUUUCCGCUCCCGAAUUUUAAGGCUAGCUUGCAGUUUCGCCUCGAGUUCCUGAUCAUAAGCCUCGCCAUACACAUCCC